AUGGAGGCACUCCGGCAGUUGGCCGAUGGGCAGCCUCCAGUCAGCCGGUUCGCUGAGAGGUGGUCAGGCCUAACCUACCGCACCCUCGACAUGACAACCAAUACAGAGACCAACACUUUGGUGCGCUACCACUCCCAGGUGCUAUCCGAAGCCGAGCUGUCAUCAUUCGCUAGUAAAAACGACCCAGUGCUGUCGCCGGCCCAGGCACAUGCGGACUUGAAACUUAUAGUGAUUCCCGACUUUCUCGAGAGGCAGCUGCUGAUAUCCCGAACUGCAUUUCUCGACGUCUUCCGCCUUCUCAAGCUGGACCCGUGGGCUCUCUAUCUGAUCACCAACAAGGUGCUUUGGCUUCCAACACCACACAGACGCAGGAGAUGGCCGAACAACAACCUUUUACCUGGGCACCAUUUUCUACACCAUCCUAUGGAGCACCACACGCCGCCCCCCUUCGACACCAUCAUCGACCAACUCCACCACCAUCAGUUCCGUCCGCGUCCUCGUCCUGCUCCGCCACAAGAACGAGUUCAAGCGGCCAGAGGCCCCCUCAUGGCCUUUGUGACGGCGCUGCAUAUCGUGCGGUACCUGGACGGUUCCCUGCUCAGCACUCUCGAGGACGUGCGAUCUAUGGAGUCUGACAGUGGCUUCGGGGGCUGGAUUCAUCACAAUACCAUCAAAAUGCUGCCCAGCAUCGACGACAUUGCGAGCUGGUCCAAGCAGAUCGGCGGGGACUUGGUGCAAUGUGCAAACUACGUCAGGCACGCCGAGGCUGCUGAGGCACUGCUUGGCUAUAUCGAGGACGAGGAGGAGGAGGAGGAGGAGGAGGAGGAGGAGGAGGAGGAGGCGAAGACAGUGUCGCAGAGGUCAGACGUGGGAAACACAGCAGGAGAUGCCGUGGACGCGGCCAGGGUAGUGAAAAGGCAGCUCGCCUCCUGCAGGGUCAACAUCCAGUACCUACACGAGAGGUUAGGCGGCCAAAAGAACACGCUCACCACAAUGCUCACCCACGAAGACGCCCGCGCAGCCAUCGAGCUGGCCGACGCCGCCAAGCGCGACGGCUCGUCUAUGAAGACCAUCGCCGUCAUGACCAUGGCCUUUCUCCCGGCGACCUUCUUCGCCGCCCUCUUCUCGGUGCCGUCGCUGCAGUGGGAUGAGCCUGCGGGCCGGGUGAUUCAGCCUAGCUUCUGGAUCUACUGGGCUUUCACCGUGCCUGUCACGCUGUUGGUCUUCUUGGCUUGGCUGCUGCUUAAUCAUAGGGCUUGGGCGGGGGAAAGCUGCUGA